CUGACAGUUUUUUUCAACUUAAAAUGGGAUAACUUUGAUUUGGGUACCACUAGACUGUAUUUUACGUUAAAAGGUAAGAGUAUGGCUCUGUUUUUCCUUCCUUGGCCUCUAGGCGGUGCGGUUUCCUUUAGCAGUUUCUUUGUUUUUCCAUCUCUCGUCCGUUGCCCGUGAUCGCUAUCACACGGCGCCUGGCAAUAUAAAAAAAAAAAUUUAUGAUGGCGGAGGACAGUGAAUCCGCGGCGAGUCAGCAGAGCCUUGAACUGGACGAUCAGGACACCUGCGGGAUAGACGGAGACAACGAAGAGGAGAAUGAGCAUAUGCAAGGGAGUCCAGGGGGAGAUCUGGGGGCCAAGAGGAAGAAGAAGAAGCAGAAGAGGAAGAAAGAGAAGCCAAGCUCGGGAGGAGCCAAGUCUGAUUCUGCCUCUGACUCUCAGGAGAUAAAGAACCCUGGCUUGCCCAUUCAGAAGCUGCAGGACAUCCAAAGAGCCAUGGAGCUGCUGUCCUGCCAGGGUCCAGCAAAGAGCAUCGAUGAGGCAGCCAAGCACAAGUACCAGUUCUGGGACACCCAGCCCGUGCCCAAGCUAAAUGAGGUGGUGACGAGUCAUGGGCCGAUAGAAGCAGACAAAGAAAACAUUAGACAGGAGCCGUAUUCCUUACCUCAAGGCUUUAUGUGGGACACUCUGGAUCUCAGCAAUGCAGAUGUACUGAAGGAGUUGUACACAUUGUUGAAUGAGAACUAUGUGGAGGAUGACGACAACAUGUUCAGAUUUGAUUAUUCACCAAACUUUCUCAAAUGGGCUCUGCGCCCACCUGGCUGGCUACCACAGUGGCAUUGUGGAGUGAGAGUGUCCUCAAAUAAGAAGCUUGUUGGCUUCAUCAGUGCCAUCCCUGCAGAUAUACGCAUCUAUGACAUACUGAAGAGGCUGGUUGAAAUCAACUUCCUGUGUGUCCAUAAGAAGCUGCGUUCAAAGCGCGUGGCUCCAGUGCUAAUCAGAGAGAUCACACGGAGGGUGAACUUAGAAGGAAUAUUUCAAGCAGUAUACACAGCAGGAGUGGUUCUGCCUAAACCUGUGUCCACAUGCAGAUAUUGGCAUCGUUCUCUGAACCCCAGAAAGCUUGUGGAAGUAAAGUUCUCUCACCUGAGCAGAAACAUGACCCUGCAAAGAACCAUGAAACUCUACAGACUACCAGAUAGCACCAAGACCCCGGGUCUGCGGCCAAUGGAGAGGCGUGACCUCCGCCAGGUCACCGAGCUGCUACAGAAUUACCUGACUCGUUUCCAACUUGCACCUUCUAUGGAUGAAGAGGAGGUGGCUCACUGGUUCUUACCACAGGACAACAUAAUUGACACAUAUGUAGUAGAGGGUGCUGGUGGUGUACUGACAGAUUUCGCUAGUUUCUACACUCUGCCCUCGACCGUGAUGCAUCACCCUCUCCAUAGGAGCCUGAAGGCUGCUUACUCUUUUUACAAUGUUCAUACACAAACCCCACUUCUGGACUUAAUGAAUGACGCACUGAUCCUAGCCAAACUGAAAGGCUUUGAUGUGUUCAAUGCCUUGGAUCUAAUGGAAAACAAGGUGUUCCUGGAGAAGCUCAAGUUUGGCAUAGGAGAUGGAAAUCUGCAGUAUUACCUCUACAACUGGAAAUGUCCCCCUAUGGACCCUGAUAAGGUUGGCCUCGUCCUUCAGUAGCAGGUCUCUUCGCGGCUGCUACACAAACACUGAUCAAGAGGUCUUCAGCGACCUCUGGCUAUUCCUUACCUGGACAUACAGGUAGCCCAAGCUAGACAAUGAGAACUACAACAGCAAAACCAACCUGGAGACUGGGAGGCGGUUUACCCGUCAUCAAGAACAUUCUUGGCUCACCUGGAGGUGAAAAUUCUUAAAUCAUCAACAUCCUGAAUGUGAAGUCAUGCUAUGCCUGAGAUACUCAUACAGUACAAUGCUCCUGACAUGCACACUCACAUUUAAAACAUACCAGUAUGACAUAAAAGAGGAUGCCUUGACAUUGUGAAUUUUGUUUAGUUCUUCUUCCGCAGCCACCUCGUUACAAGGGACUGACAUGUCAUGUAAUUUCGCUGACAUUGAACUAUGUAAAUGAUAAUCAACAAGUAAACAUGACGGCAAUACAAAAGGAUUAGAUAUUGUGUCCUCGCUGCAACUGCACACUUGCAGCAGAAGAGGGUCUGAAAGGCAAUUGAAGAGUCGUUAUUCCUGUCCCGUUGCAUAUCAUUGUGGUCAGAAGUUUCUCUCUGUUGGCUGUUUUGGGCCUCAGUAGAAUUAGAAAUGCUAAGAACAUGUUUCUGUGAUAGCUGACGUAUAAAGCAAGACACUUCUUUUCCUCAAGCAUUCUGGAGAAAAAUAUCAACUGAACUGUUAAAUGACAAAUAUGUUCACACAUACAGAAACACAAAAGCUGUCAAAUAACACACAAACAAAAAAGGAUAUCUUCAUGGAAGGACUCAUCUAACUGGUGCAUUGAUAUACAUGUUUUUUUCUUUUGUUCAAAAUAUAUAGUUAUCUGUACAUUGAAAGCCAGAUCUUAUUUAUUCCUGUAGUGUGAAUUUGGGGUUCGGGAGGGCUGAUCCAAAGUAUUUUCCUCAUAAGUAGUGUAGAUGUCACUGAGUUUGUUCAGACAACAUGGGUUCCAGUGGUUUUUGAUGAAGAAUGUAUUGCAUCAAUGAAGCACAAUUUUUGAGUUCCUAAACGAGCAAAAGGGUCAGAUUUCAAAACAGAUGGGUUGCCUUACAAAACUGUACAACUUUUUCCAAUGUGAUGUGAGCCGUUUUCACAUUAUAAACCUGUAUCUAGAGUUGCUAUUUUUAACAGAACAUUUUAACCACAUGUUUAGUUAUAUGCACUGAUGCGCUCAUGUGGAUCUUUGUAAUAACAAACACAGCUCAGUAUGUAUCUGUAUGUGAAUGGUGUGAUGUCCAGUUAGGAAAUAUUAAAUUAGAGGCACAUGUAGGGUUGACAUGCUCCGUGCACAAGCAGGGCAGUGAGAAUUACAUCACCAAAGGCUGGAAAACAAAACGAAACACCAUUUAAGCUAUAGCCAGGGUUAGAUUUUAGUUUUCUCUAGUCAAAGUUCCUGUCUAGAGACAGUUUUAUGGUGUAAAAAUGGCUUACCUACUUUGAAAGAGUAAUGUUUUCGGUUAGGUCGCUAAAGUCGGUUAUCUUUUGUUGAUUCAGUCAUUGCCACUCGCAGAGAAACUACCACUUAUUACUCUCAGUAGCCUGUUGCAAAGCAGUGAAUUAGAUGCCCCUGUAAAGCAGCCCAUUGGCCAGAAGUACAACACUGGCAGCAUAAAUGUUGAUUAAUGCACACAUAACCGUCAAUUCCCUCACGUGUGCCAUAGGAUGUUAAAUGUGUUUUUAAUCAAAUCUUGGUUAAAUUAAACAGAGAGAAUUGAGCACAACAUUCAGAGUGUCUGGGGAAUAAUUAACGGCGUGCACUCAGAGCACAGUGGUUGAAUAAACAAAAGCCUGUAACAGUAACCGUGUCAAUUUGAAAUUUGAGCUUUUAAUGUUUUUCUAGGUCCAUUUUUAUUAACUUAAAUGGAUUUGUUUUUUUAAUGGUACUGUAUUUGUGUGUCUGAAAAAUAUACUGUGGGUCAUUUUUUUAGUGUGUUGUGCAGCUAAAUGCGUGAAGUUCUUUGAACAGUUCUGAUAUUUAUAAUUGUACUUUGCAAAAUGUCUUAAGGCAUUAUUCCUGUUCUUUUUCUUUCCAGUAUUUCCCUAAAAUUUCCAGUUAGACAGGCAACUUCAAAGCUGAUUUUUGAGGGGUUUGGAUUGUUUGGCAUUUUUCUGUUCUCAACGGAGCAUGAUAGGAAAAAAAGACGGUUAACAAAUGUUUUCAAAUUGUCUUUUUGCUCUGAGUUUGUUACUUUUGAUGUUCACAUGGCUCUGCAUAACUUUAAGCUGCUGCCAUUUCUGUUGAUCAUUUUUCUGUAUGUGAUGUAAUUUUCCUCACAUUCCUUUUAUAUAUUAGCAAGAAAAGACAACCAAUGGACAGUCAGUGCUUCAGGGUAUUUCUUUUUUUGCCAUUGAAUGGUUGAAUAAGUGACAUUCACAGAGACAUUACCGGCAUUCAUUUAACACUGAAACCGGGUUAUUGAGUCAACGGUGUGCCUCAUGGAUGUUGGUUGGGUCACAGAUGUGUUGCCUGCAGCUGUUUGAAUGAACUUUGAGCAUGUAAGUUAUGCUGCUGUGACCAUUUUAGCAUUGAUGUUGCUAGCCACACCCUUUAGUGAGAACUCGACCCGAAGUACCUGCCUUAUUUCAAAUGUUUUGUUUGUUUUUUUUAAAAUUAAGAUUUUGGGGGUGGUGUACUUUUGAAACGACAUACAGUUUUCUCUAACUGAAGAACAAUAUUUUUAUUCAAAUCCAUUGUAAGCUGUGAAAAAGCUGAAGAACUUGUACCAGCAUCAUUUAGACAUGACCCCAUGCAAAUAACAAUCUGUUUCAACACACACACACACACACACACACACACACACACGUCAAUUAUACCAGCAUGGAUAUUUGAUUGAAUAAACUCACUUUAAAAAGGAA